UGAGGAGGUUCAGAAGUACGAGGAAUGGGGAGAGUAGAUGGGAGUGAAGAAUUCGGCAGCGCAGAGGAGUUGGCUCAGCCUGAAUGGAUUAGGGGCAGAUUAGUAUCUAGCGUAUUACAUGUUCUCUGCUGUUCUGUGCACCUGGAACAACCUUUCUCUCUGGGUUAACGAGCAUCUUCAACUCUGUCUUCCAAAUAGCUCCCGACUCUUCCCCUUGUUGUAGAAGGUUUCCCUCCUCAGAGGAAGAGCCGAUUUCCUCUGCUUCCUUUCCUCUGCCCUUUUCAUACUCAAACCCAGAACGCUCAAUGCUCUGCAGCUUGUAUAAAAAUUCAGUCUGUAAUUACAGAGGUGUGCACGGCGCAUUGCUGACUCGGGCAUGUCUGUUGUUUGUAUCUGUAACGUGUAUGUCCACUUCAGUGUUGUCUGUUUUAGUGUGCAGGUGAUAGACUAGAGAACAAGACCUCUGUCUCCGUAGCGUCCUGGAGCAGUCUGAAUGCCAGAAUGGAUAACCGUUUUGCUACAGCGUUUGUAAUUGCUUGUGUGCUUAGCCUCAUUUCCACCAUCUACAUGGCAGCCUCAAUCGGCACAGACUUCUGGUAUGAAUAUCGAAGUCCAGUUCAAGAAAAUUCCAGUGAUUUGAACAAAAGCAUCUGGAACGACUUUGCCAGUGAUGAGGCAGAUGAAAAGACUUAUAAUGAUGCGCUUUUCCGAUACAAUGGCACAAUGGGAUUGUGGAGACGGUGUAUCACUAUUCCCCAAAACACAUAUUGGUACAGCCCACCAGAGAGGACAGAGUCAUUUGAUGUGGUCACAAAAUGCGUAGGUUUAACGCUGACUGAGCAGUUCAUGGAGAAAUAUGUUGAUCCUGGAAACCAUAAUAGUGGGAUUGAUCUACUUCGGACCUAUCUUUGGCGUUGCCAGUUCCUUCUGCCUUUCGUUAGUCUGGGUUUGAUGUGCUUUGGGGCUUUGAUUGGCCUUUGUGCUUGCAUCUGCCGAAGCUUGUAUCCCACCAUCGCCACCGGCGUUCUCCAUCUCCUUGCAGGUCUGUGUACUCUGGGCUCAGUGAGUUGUUAUGUCGCCGGAAUUGAACUGCUCCACCAGAGGCUAGAGCUGCCUGAGAAUGUGUCCGGCGAAUUUGGAUGGUCCUUCUGCCUGGCCUGCGUCUCAGCGCCCUUACAGUUCAUGGCUUCUGCUCUCUUCAUCUGGGCUGCUCACACCAACCGGAAGGAGUACACCUUAAUGAAGGCGUAUCGCGUGGCAUGAGUGGGAAGCUGCCUGCUUUACAAUUGCCGUUCUUAUUAUUUUUUAAUACUAAUAUGUUCCCUUGUCUCCCCCCCAAUUGUUUUUAACUUUUUUUUUGUGGAUAUACCAUUUUAUCCUAAAAAUCCAUUUUAUUUAUUCACACAGACAGUGGUUUCUUAAUGCCACUAAAAUUUAUAUAGAUUACUCUGAGUGAGUCCAUCUUUCAAACAAACUGAUCUAGGUUCAGAGUGCAGACAGAAGGAAAUGGGUAGACACUUGGCACAAAUUUGUGAAAGAAAAUUGAUAGUGGGAAAUUGACCCAAAGCAGGUUCUGCUGAUGUUUGUUAGACUUUUCAGUAAAGUAACUUUUUCAUUCAUUUGGCAACUCUGUAGUUUCGUUGGGAAACCUCUUAUCCUUGUCAAAACUUAGGCUUGCUUUGCUGUUGUAGAUGGUCAGUCAGCCAGAGGUAUUAGUGCUAUUUUCCAAGACUUAAGCUCUAUAAAAUAGGGAAAUAUCUAAGAUCCUUUCCCCUAAAUGUUGGCAUAUAGCUUCAUCCAAGGUGGAAUAUGGCAGCUGUUUGUCUACACUGUUUCUGUCUACAAGAAAGGAAGUGAAAAAUGUAGUGUUUCCUUGAAAUUUUAACUUUGGAUCUGCAAGAAUUCCAAUUCAGCCAGACAAGAAGACUGACCUUAUUUUACGUUUUUUUUUAAAACUCUCCUUGAGGUGUCAAUAGGACUUUUGGUACCACCAAACCAUUUUGGAUUUUGCUCCUUCCUUCACACAUCAGGCUUAUUAAGAGAGCUUUCUUUUUAACACUGUAUCGGGGUCACAGAGUAAAAUUCUGCAACUGCUAUCUAUUUAUUCCAGCUAAGUACCAUAAAGAAAGUUCCACCAUAAUGACCCUCCCCAGCUAGGAAAACUACCACAAGACCUAAAGUUUCGGCUGGUCAUUAACUUCCGACUCUGGUCUUUAUUUCUUGUGGUGAAACGAUGUGCCUUUCCUUGCCUAAAUCCCUUCCUGAUGUGUAUCAAUGUUAUUGAAUGUCUUUGAAUUCAGUCAUUUUUUAUAAAUAUGUCUAUAAACAUUGAACUUUAAAAAAAUCUUAUUUAUUUAUUCCAUUACUGUAGCACUUGACAGAUUUUAAAAAAUGUAACUUAGUAAUUUCUUACAAUAUCCUAAAUCUGUCUUUUUUAAAAAAUAAAAAAGUGAGACGAGA